GGACCAUGCGACCAAAUUAUCUCCCUUACGCUUAUUAUAUAUAAGUAUAUAAUUAGGUUAACCUAGAUUUUUGCAUCAGGUUAGUUUGAGGAUCUAUAAACAUCAAGGGUGAUCGUAGAACAAGAUAUCUGAGUAAAAUAUAUAGAGGCAAUGGAGAAGCUGUAUCGGAAGCUUACAGAACUGAACAAGUAUGGGACAGACCUAACCGAGUUGGCUAAGCAGAAUAAAUUGGAUCCGGUCAUAGGAAGGACUGAUGAGAUUGAACGUGUCAUGCAAAUAUUAUGCAAGCGCGGAAACAAUAAUGUGUGCCUCACUGGCAAUCCCGGGGUUGGUAAAACCGUCAUUGUUGAAGGCCUGGCAUCAAGAAUUGUUAACGGAACUGUGCCAUUAAAACUCCAAGGAACAAAGGUAUUCUCCAUAGAAAUGGCUCGAUUAAAAGCUGGCACGACAUGGCAAGGUGAAAUCGUCCAGAGGCUGAAUAAAGUUCUGGUUGAAGUGAAAUUAAGUAAAGGGAAAAUUUUGCUGUUUAUUGAUGAAUUACAUACAAUAAUUAAUAAUGGCUACCAGCUUCAUGCAUCCAACAUUAUAAAACUAGCACCAGCUAGGGGCGAGUUAAAGUGCAUCGGAGCAACAACCGCGGCAGAAUGCAGGAAGUACAUUGAAAAAGACGGGGCAUUAAAACGACAUUUUCAAGUUGUUGAUGUGCCUGAACCAUCUGUGCAGGACACGGUUUUGAUACUCAAAGGGCUGUUAAAAAGAUAUGAAACUUUUCAUAAUGUUCAAUACACUGACAAAGCCGUUCACUGCGCUUCCUCCUUGGCAAAACAAUAUGUCAGUGACCGAUUUCUGCCUGAAAAGGCAAUAGACUUAAUUGAUGAAGCAGGCGCGAGGGUGAAUCUGAAGAGGAAGCAAGUAGACAAUAAUGAGAAUGUGGUUCAGGUUAAAAGGCAUAAGAAGUCGCGUUCAGAGGUUAAAACGAAUAAGAAGUCGCAUCUAAAGGUUAAUCUGCAUCCCAAGCCUAAGAAAAUGUGUGUGACUGAGUUGGAUAUACAGCAUGUGUUAUCGUCGUGGACUGGUAUUCCAGUUGAAAAAAUAUCACAGGAAGAAGCAUUGAAGCUCCUUAACAUGGAAAAAACUCUCCAAACCCAAGUGAUCGGACAGAAAAAAGCAGUUGUAUCUGUUAGCCGAGCUAUACGCAGAGCCAAAGUUGGAAUCAGGGACCUAAAUCGUCCCAUUGCAAGCUUUUUGUUCACUGGACCUACUGGAGUAGGCAAAACAGAGCUAGCUAAAUUAGUUUCAAAAGAGUAUUUUGGGUCGAAAGAAGCAUUGGUAAGAUUUGACAUGAGUGAGUACAUGGCAAAGCAUGACGUGUCUAAACUAAUUGGAGCGCCUCCAGGGUAUGUAGGACACCAUGAUGGCGGGCAGCUAACAGAAGCUGUGAAAAGAAGGCCGCAUAAUUUGGUACUUUUUGAUGAGAUUGAGAAGGCUCACCCAGAUGUAUUUAACGCAAUGCUCCAGAUAUUAGAUGAUGGCAGGCUAACUGAUGGUAAAGGCUGCCUUGUAGACUUCAAGAACACAAUUAUCAUACUUACUUCUAAUAUCGGAGGUCAAUUAAAUGGUAAGUAUGAGCAAGUGAAACACGAGGUUUCUGAAUUAUUAAAGCAAAAAUUUAGGCCAGAGUUCUUGAAUAGGCUUGAUGACAUUAUCGUUUUUAAGCAACUCACAAAGAAACGUCUGAAAAAAAUUGUUCAGCUGAUGCUGAAAGAGUUUAAAGAAAAGGUAUGGGAAAGGAAGGAUAUUAUCGUUAAAAUAGAGAAUAAAGUUCGUGAUAUGGUGCUUGAAGAGGGCUACUCUCCAAGCUAUGGAGCAAGACCGUUGAGGAGGGCCAUUACUAGAAUUUUGGAAGAUAGUUUGGGUGAUAGAAUUUUGUCCGGUGAUGUGAAAGAGGGUGACACCGUGACAGUUGAUGUAAAUUCGCGAGGAGAAAUAGUUUUUUUUACAUAACAUGCGGUUGAUGUUGGAACCAGAUUCUCAAGGAUGAAACUUAUUUUUGAUUAGUGUCUGAAAACCUUAUA